AGCCAGCUCAGAGCGAGAGUGAAAGCGCGUAGCUCAGUAAUGGUUCACCAAGAUUACAGUAGCCUUACGUUAUAAACUCGUCUGGUAGCUGAUUCCUUUAGUAUUAGCUACAGGAUCCUCCUUAGAGUCAGAGGAUACUUCUGAAGACUUGAAACAACUUUGAGUUUGUUUUGUACCUCUUUAAUGGAAGUUUUUUAAACAGUUUUUUUGCAUUUGGAAUUGACUAUCUACGGGAAAAUUAUCAGGAAUUCUGCCUUAUAACUGGACAUGCUGCUCGCGACUGGAUCCGGACCUUACUCCCGGGAUUUCGUGCCGUUGUGAACCACACUUGGGGAAUUUGGAGACGAAAGGGACAAAGUAGUCUCUGCCACUCAGGGAGUCUGCAUUAUCCGGCAGACAGGGAAAGAGAAGACGUAAAAAAAAGCGAAGGGGCAUUCUUUAUCGCUGCCGCAGCCUAGUCGGCGCUUGAUAACACGAAGUAACCGCAGAUCCCGAUGAGUGUGAACGCCCAGACAUCACUGCCUUCUCACCAGGCCCGGCUGAAGAGAUUAGACUUUGACGACUCGGAUGACCCAGACCUUCCCAAAUGCAAGCGGGCACGUUUGAGCCAGCUGUCCAUCCCGGCCCUAUCGCCAUGUCUCGGAUCACCUUCCCCCACACCUUCCUCCUCCACCGAUGACAACAGCGUGUCGCGCAUUGGCCCCUACCUCCUACUCAACCCCACUGAGACUAAUAAUUGCUACCGAGCCAUCCACACUGACACAGAGGAGGAGUAUAUCUGUAAGGUCUACGCCAUGAAGCACUACAGCGAGGUGAUAGCGCCGUACGCCCGCCUCCCGCCUCACCCCCACGUGGGCCAGAUGGCCGAGGUGAUCGCGGGCGACCGGGAGGCCUACGUGCUGUUCCUGCGGGGCCACGGCGACAUGCACUCCUAUGUGAGGACCUGCAAGCGGGUUCAGGAGGAGGAAGCAGCCGCACUUUUCCAGCAGAUGGUCCAGGCAGUAGCCCACUGCCACCGCCAUGGCGUCGUCCUCCGAGACCUCAAGCUGCGGAAGUUCGUCUUCACCGACAGGCGGAGGAACAAGCUGAGGCUGGAGACCCUGGAGGAUUCCUGUCUCCUGAAGGGGGAAGAUGACUCCCUGAUGGACAAACACGGCUGCCCUGCCUAUGUUGGUCCAGAGAUCCUCAAUGGCAAGCAGUCGUACUCAGGGAAGGCUGCUGAUAUCUGGAGCCUGGGCGUGGUGCUGUACACUAUGCUGGUGGGCCGUUACCCGUUCCAGGACACCGAACCAGCCGCCCUGUUCAAUAAGAUCCGACGAGGACUGUUCACCAUUCCAGAGAGCCUCUCCCCCAAAGCCAGGUGCCUUAUCCGGUGUCUCCUGCGGCGCGACCCAGCUGAUAGACUGACGGCCAGCGAGAUCCUGGACCACCCCUGGUUCAAUUCCAACUUCAACGUCCCCUGCAACCCCAACUUGGCCCCACUGACAGAUCAGCUGGUCCCAGAUGUUUACAGUGGGGACCUGAACGAUUUGUAGAGGAUUUUUUUAUUAUGAUCGACAGACAAAGAUAUUUACAAAAGAGAGUCACGUUUUGCCUCCGUUGACUGUGAAAUGGAUAGAUAUUUCAAACUUAACGUCUGUGGGGUGCUCUGAAGGGGGUGUCUAACCACAGGGUAUCAGGUAUACCCGUAAUCACAGGUGGGGUGUCUUCUCAGCAGAGGCAUUUGUAGGUGUUGGACGGGGCAGGGUGUGCAGUUGAUACUCUACCCCUUCCAAAGUUUUUCCUAAGAGGACAGACGGGUGGGAACCUCUAGAAGAUGCUAACAGGAUUAGCAGAGAUCCCCACUGAAAAUAAUCGCUGAGGGAGAGGUGAGAUGUGAUUUAAAACCAUUAGCUGGUAGUCCAUUCUAUCACCUGGUAGAGGUAGUAGCUGUGAGUUGCAUUGUGCCCUUACCAGGUUAAAACCGGACAAUCAAAGUCCUUAUUAAUUCUGCACUCUUAAGAGACUUGGGGCAGGACGUGAGGCUGUCUGCUGCCAUGAUGUGAUUUCUCCAAUCUCCCGCCAGCCAAAAGCAAGUUGCCCAGGUGGUGAAUGUGAAGGAAGAAGGAGCUGCUCUGAACUCAGCCCUUCUCAUCGCACAAAACUGAAGGAUUCUUGAGGCGCAGCCAGACUGCUUUGUGAGUACCGUGCCACCUUGCAGUUACGGCGUGCUGUUCCGGGAAUCAUGCAGACACUCGAUACUUGAUUACUUUUGAAGCCUCUUCAGUGUUUACAGACCAGAAUGCAGAGUGUUUGAGUCUCCGUUGUAGUGGCAACUGCUGUAAAAGGAGUGGACGUCAAACCCAUGCUGUCUUUUGAUUAACUCGCAGCUUGUGGAACAUACACAAAGAACCCCUGUGUUAGGCUGCCCAUUCUGCUUUUGGCAAUUCCGGUCGGUGGUCACUUGGUGUCCUCCUGCUUGUAACACUCUCAGUCAACGUACAUUUGGGUGGCAGCAACCCUCUCUAGAAGCGAGCUGAUGCCUCCCUUGUGGGCAUUGAACUGGCCAAGGCGUUAGUCAACAUGUGUUCCACCACAGAACAAGCGGCCAAACCUACUUCAGUCCUGACUUGCCAAAAAUAAAGUGUAGAUAAUACUUUUCUGCGGCGGCCCUUUGUGGAGACAGUGGGCUGGGUGAGUCUGUCAGUGAGGACUGAUGUCAGCCUUCUUAUUCCUAAACAGACUGUGCACCAUAAUGGCCAAAAACCACAAAUGACGGGACGGAAUCUUUUGCAGGUUUUUUUUGUACAGGAUAUUACUGAUGACAAGUUGUAAAUGUUGGUAAAAUGCACACAACAAAAACACUACAUUUUGAAUUAGUGUGUCUAUGAACUGACUGUAUAUUUGUCAAUUUCAAUUAAAAAUGUGUAUUUUUUGUCUGCUGUUUAAUCUCACUUUUUUUUUUAAAAAGAAAAAUUGUCAGCUGACAGACAAAAAUAGCAGUAAAGCUAUUUUUUUCCCGUGAUC